ACGUUCCCAGAUCUUCAUGAAACAUUGAAGAGGCAUGUCAUUCAUACAACACCAACCUUGUCCACUGCCUUCAGCAUCCCCUGCUGAAUCUCAUCCACUCCUGCAGCACUGAACGGUUUGGCAGAAAAUAUUUUGGGCCACAACAAAACUCUUUUUUCAUGGCCUCCCAAAACUCUUCCCAUGCCGACACUUGUGUAGCACAAACAGUCAUGGAAGAUGGUCAACAGUUCUCUCGUUGGAACUCCUCAGGGAAGGAACAACAACAUAAAUAUAUGAAAAAUAGCAGAUCAAUAAAAGGAUUCCUCACAAGAUAUAUUCUAAACACAUGGACUCUACUUAAUGGUGAAAGACUGAAAAGAGUGGCAUUUGGAGAAAAAGAUGAGAGCAAACCUCAUAAAACAAUAAUAAUGGUGGGAGAGACAGGAGUAGGGAAGUCGACGCUCAUCAAUGCCAUGGUCAACUACAUGCUGGGUGUUGACAGUACAGACAGAAUUUGGUUUGAGAUCAUAGAGACAAAAGAAAACCAAACUGAUUCGCAGACAUAUGCAGUAACAGUGUAUGACAUCUUUACUGAGCACAGCCCGUUCUCUCUGACCAUCAUCGACACGCCUGGGUUUGGAAAAACAGAAGGUACAAAGGAGGAUGUAAAUGUUGCUGAAAGUUUACUUGAGUUAUUUAGAUCCAAUGAUCGGGUUCAUGAAAUUGAUGCAGUGUGUCUUGUGGUGUCAUCAUACACUGUUCGACUCACUGAAAGACAGCGCUAUGUUUUUAAUGCUGUUCUCUCUUUAUUCGGCAAUGAUGUGAAGAAAAACUUUGUUGUGUUCAUCACACAUGCCCCAACAAAGCCUACAAAUUCUAUUAAGGCCAUCAAAGAUGCCAAAAUCCCAUGUGCUCAGAACGAUGAUGAGGAGCCUUUGCAUUUCAGGUUUGACAACUGUCACUGUGAAAACUUUUAUGCGAAAUACGACCAUGAAGAGGAAAAUGAACAACUGUUCCAAGAUUAUCAGGCAGCGUGGGAUCUGUUCAACACAAGCAUGAAGGACUUUUUGAAUUUUCUAAAUAGGAGCAAACCUGUAAGUUUGAAGAAUACUGAAAGUGUGCUGACACAUCGCAAGCAACUAGUGGAACACAUAACCAGAUUAAAGAAGCUAGUCAAAGCGAUGCAGCUUGAAUAUGAAGUUGAUGAGUCCUACAAAGAAAAGGUACCAAUUGACCUGUCAUUAGGUUUGAGCAAAGAGGCCACUUGCUGCAGUGUGUGUGAGGAGAACUGUCAUUAUCCAGGAUGCUGGUGGGUCAGAGAUCUUUCAUGGUGUACUGUCAUGUCAAAGGGUAAAUGCACAGUGUGUCCAGGAAGGUGUGACUACACUGCCCAUGUUAAAGAGGGAAAAAUCUAUGUGAAGAAAACAAGGAAGGUGAAGAAGGCACUGGUAGAUCUGAAAAAGAAAUAUGAGACUGAGUCUGAAGAGAAUAAGAGAUGGAUGAGCCAACUAAAUAAAGAAAUAACAAAACAAGAAAAAGAAAUGACCAGACUGGUGGAUGAAUGCAAUAAGUUUAUGCACUUCCUGCAGGAGAUCGCCUUAAAGACUGAUGCUCUGUCUACACUUCAGGAUCUGGACCUCCUGAUUAAGGAAGCAAAGGAAACUCAACAUAUAGAAAUAGUACAGAAGCUUGAAGAACUGAAGAAAAUGGCUGAAGGGAAGUCCAAAAGGGCUAGACAAUAGAUGUAUGCAACAGAAUGUUAUUCUUAAAGAAAGGGCCAGAUCAUUAUAUAUUACAUAAUGAAAAUUAAAAUCAUCCACUAAUAGUUUCAUCAGUAAUGUUUAAACGUGUACUCUACAAAUUAUGCUUUCAUAUUGUUGUUUAGUCCUCAUGAAAGCUGUUCACAAAUCACACGUUGAGGGUUAUGUGAUGAAAAAACAACAUGGAGGACAAAAUAAGUCUUGUGAAUGUAAGUAAGUGAAUAUGACAAACUUUAUGACAUGUUGAAUGGAAAAUGUUUCAGAACUGCUGUAACUAAAAAAUAACAGCAUGUGUAUUUUCAGGACAUUCAUCAGUACACAACUUAAAUCACACAAGCAGCUCAAAUUUUCUUGAUUUUUUU